AUGUCGUCCGGCUGUAAGAUUGGUCCGUCUAUCCUGAACAGCGAUCUGUCUCGUCUGGCGGCGGAAUGUGAGCGGAUGCUGCAGAGCGGGGCGGACUACCUGCACCUGGAUGUGAUGGACGGGCAUUUUGUUCCUAACAUCACAUUUGGACAUCCUGUAGUAGAGUGCCUAAGAAAGCAACUGGGAAAUGACCCGUUUUUUGACAUGCAUAUGAUGGUGGCUAAACCAGAGCAGUGGGUGAAACCCAUGUCAGUUGCUGGUGCCAACCAGUAUACCUUUCACCUGGAGGCUACAGACAACCCAGGAGCUCUCAUUAAAGACAUACGAGAAUGUGGUAUGAAGGUGGGACUGGCUAUCAAACCAAAUACUACAGUAGAAUAUCUUGCACCAUGGGCAAGUCAGGUUGAUAUGGCGUUGGUUAUGACAGUGGAGCCUGGUUUUGGAGGACAGAAGUUCAUGGAGGACAUGAUGCCAAAGGUGCAGUGGCUGAGGUCACAGUUCCCUUCACUGGACAUAGAGGUGGAUGGUGGUGUUGGGCCAGACAAUAUACACAGAUGUGCUGAGGCUGGAGCUAAUAUGAUCGUCUCUGGAAGUGCAGUUAUGAAAAGUGAUGACCCACGCACUGUGAUCAAUCUGCUUAGAAAUGCUUGCUGUGAAGCCAUUCAGAAGCGCUCACUGGAUCGAUGA